ACGCGAGUGAACUGUCCCGUGCAUCGCAUUCCGCGCGGGUCACGUCAAUCGAACGAAAUCUAUCACGGCCACGGUCCACACCCUAAGUGCGCGUGGAGAACGAUACGAAAGGACUUUCAGGCCGGUCGGGAAAGGUGGACUAUCUCUAGCGAUAAGCUCCGCGAAAGGUGCGCGCGAUAGUGCCGUGUGGUGUGACAGAAAUCGAAACCAGCGAGCGAAAUGGCGCAAGUUCAAGAACAGAAACUGUGCUACAGACCCAAAGAAGCAGUAGAAAGCUUAUCCGUCAACAUGGGAGUUCAAACCGUGCGAGCUCAGGGCAGCGUGUUGGGAUCCCUCAUCGCGGCACGGUACAUAUUGGCCGUACUCGGCUCGAUCGCGAUGGCCAUCAUCUAUGGGCUGAAGGUAAAUCUGAGCGUGGCGAUGGUUGCGAUGUUGAAUCAUACGGCCCUUGCCGAUCAUGGCGUGUCACCGAUUGAAGAGCUGGAACACUUAAACGCUGAACCUGUCUGCCAGGGCAGCAACUCAACCGAAGCGGUCGAGGAUGGUCCAUUUAUCUGGAGCGAACCGGUACAGGGCGUCAUCCUAAGCUGCUACUUCUGGGGCUAUCUGGUCUCGCAGGUCCCGGGCGCUCGAGUGGCCGAAUCCUUCUCUGCCCGCUGGGUAAUGUUCUUCUCCGUCCUGAUCAACGUCGUGUGCACGCUGCUGACACCAGUCGCAGCUAAAAUGCACUUCAUCGCCAUGAUUGUCAUGCGCGUGGGUGAAGGCAUCGGUGGAGGCGUUACAUUCCCGGCCAUGCACGUGAUGUUGGCCUCAUGGGCACCUCCGAACGAACGCAGCGUUAUGUCCGCCAUCGUGUACGCCGGAACCGCCCUUGGUACGGUCAUUUCGAUGUUGAUGGCUGGUGUGCUGGCCGGUACAUUCGGCUGGGAGUCGGUGUUCUACGUGAUGGGUGGCCUUAGCUGUCUUUGGAUGGUGCUAUGGUUGUGGCUGAUCCAGGACACUCCCAGCAAGCAACCGUUCAUUAGCCAGGAGGAACGUGACUUCAUUACAUCGUCACUUGGAACAGGAUCUGCCAGCGCCCAUAAUGAACCGAAACCACCCGUACCGUGGCGCAAGGUGUUCACCUCUGGUCCAUUCUACGGAAUUCUCAUCGCGCACAUCUGCAACAACUGGGGCUGGUACAUGUUGCUGAUCGAGCUGCCGUUCUACAUGAAGCAGGUGCUGCAGUUCAACAUCAAGGAGAACGCCGUCGUCACGGCCAUCCCCUUCCUGACGAUGUGGUUCUUCAGCAUGGCGCUCAGUAAGACGUUGGAUGCGUUGCGAUCACGUGGCAAGAUCACGACAACGAUUGCGCGCAAAACGGCAACCUUCAUUGCGUCGGCCGUUCCGAUGGGUUGCUUGCUGGCGCUUUGUUACAUCGGUUGCCAGCGUGGCCUGGCUGUGACUCUGAUGACGGUUGGCAUUACGGCCAUCGGAGGCAUGUUCUGUGGGUUGCUCUCGAACCACAUUGAUAUUGCGCCAAACUACGCCGGAACGCUGAUGGCCAUCACUAAUACCGCCGCUACGUUGUCCGGUAUUAUAGUGCCCAUCUUUGUUGGCCAUAUCACGCACGGAAAUCAAACCAUCGGCGCCUGGCGAGUGAUCUUCAUCGUGACCAUCGCCCUGUACAUUGUGGAGAUCAUCGCCUAUUUGUGUCUGGCAUCUGGCGAAGAACAACCCUGGAAUAAGGGCAAUAAACCAACAGGUUCGAUUGAAACCGCUGAAGCUGAAGCAACUCCGUUGAAUGCGAAAGAAUCGAAACAUAGUUAUAACGGUUAAAUUCAGUAAGGCGAAGACUAUCGUCGUGGUUGGGAAAAUAGCAUUCAUCUUAAAUGGCAGGAAAAAGAUGUAAAUCAAUGACACGACGCGCUAGAUGCUCAGUGCUAAGUUGCCGUUUCCUUGCUGUACAAUAUUCUCUCUUAUUUUCUACUACCACAAACGGUGGUUCUUCAUGGAUAUCAUAUUCAAGCCAUCUUUAGUCGAUGAAGGAGUUUGAAAAACGAAAGAAAGAAACACUGCACUAUUGAUUGGAUUACUCAAAUAUCUGUUUCAUUAUAGAAGAGAUAUUCAUAAGAUGAACAUGCAGUUGUCCUAGCGUUUCAAUGGCAAAGCAAUUAGGUGACAAUAGUUAGUUACUUUAGGCAAGAAGCGGCUUAAGUUUAUUCUGAAAAUUAGAUUCAUUUAUUCUUAGUGCCGGUGACUAUAUGUGACUGUACAGGCACGCAUUUAUUUUAUUUUAAUUUCGUCAAUAGGGAAUCACGCAUGCAGCAUGUGUACUUAUUGAAUCGAUGUUUUUAAAAUCAGCAUUUCGAAAAAGAUGGUCUGAUCGACUGAACAGCAGCAGGAGCGCAUAUAGUACUGUGGAAAAAGAUACAAAGAGUAGCUUGAUAGCUUGAGCAUGUUUAUGUAAAUGUAUCAUGCAGCACAAAAUAUUAUUUAGUAACUGUACGAAGUGCUAAAAAAGUGGAAAAAUAAACCUUUACAUAUAUUGAAG